AGUGAUAGUUCGUUCACUCUUCGCUUUCUCAAGAAUUUCAAAACACCAAAAAAGUCUUUAGAUUGAAUUUCAUCAAAAACUUUUCUUUUCUUAGCAAAAAAAACAAAAAAAUGAGAGAGCUUCUUCUUCUUCUUCUUCUUCAUUUUCAGUCUCUAAUUCUUUUGAUGAUCUUCAUCACUGUCUCUGCUUCUUCUGCUUCAAAUCCUUCUUUAGCUCCUGUUUACUCUUCCAUGGCUACAUUCUCUCCUCGAAUCCAAAUGGGAAGUGGUGAAGAAGAUAGAUUUGAUGCUCAUAAGAAACUUCUGAUUGGUCUCAUAAUCAGUUUCUCUUCUCUUGGCCUUAUAAUCUUGUUCUGUUUUGGCUUUUGGGUUUAUCGCAAGAACCAAUCUCCAAAAUCCAUCAACAACUCAGAUUCUGAGAGUGGGAAUUCAUUUUCCUUGUUAAUGAGACGACUUGGCUCGAUUAAAACUCAGAGAAGAACUUCUAUCCAAAAGGGUUACGUGCAAUUUUUCGAUAUCAAGACCCUCGAGAAAGCGACAGGCGGUUUUAAAGAAAGUAGUGUAAUCGGACAAGGCGGUUUCGGAUGCGUUUACAAGGGUUGUUUGGACAAUAACGUUAAAGCAGCGGUCAAGAAGAUCGAGAACGUUAGCCAAGAAGCAAAACGAGAAUUUCAGAAUGAAGUUGACUUGUUGAGCAAGAUCCAUCACUCGAACGUUAUAUCAUUGUUGGGCUCUGCAAGCGAAAUCAACUCGAGUUUCAUCGUUUAUGAGCUUAUGGAGAAAGGAUCAUUAGAUGAACAGUUACAUGGGCCUUCUCGUGGAUCAGCUCUAACAUGGCACAUGCGUAUGAAGAUUGCUCUUGAUACAGCUAGAGGACUAGAGUAUCUCCAUGAGCAUUGUCGUCCACCAGUUAUCCACAGAGAUUUGAAAUCUUCGAAUAUUCUUCUUGAUUCUUCCUUCAACGCCAAGAUUUCAGAUUUCGGUCUUGCUGUAUCGCUGGAUGAACAUGGCAAGAACAACAUUAAACUCUCUGGGACACUUGGUUAUGUUGCCCCGGAAUACCUCCUUGACGGAAAACUGACGGAUAAGAGUGAUGUUUAUGCAUUUGGGGUAGUUCUGCUUGAACUCUUGUUGGGUAGACGACCAGUUGAAAAAUUAACUCCAGCUCAAUGCCAAUCUCUUGUAACUUGGGCAAUGCCACAACUUACCGAUAGAUCCAAGCUUCCAAACAUUGUGGAUGCCGUUAUAAAAGAUACAAUGGAUCUCAAACACUUAUACCAGGUUUGGUUUCGAGAUAGAACCGGCUUAAGUCCAUCUUGUUUGUCACUAAACUUAAUUGAUGCUUCAUUAGGCUUGAUUAGAUUGCAAAUACUUUGUACAUUGUUGAAUCAAGACUGUUAAUUCUUUUGGUAGGUAGCAGCCAUGGCUGUGUUGUGCGUGCAGCCAGAACCAAGUUACCGGCCGUUGAUAACCGAUGUUCUUCACUCACUUGUUCCACUGGUUCCGGUAGAGCUAGGAGGGACUCUCCGGUUAACAAGAUGAUUCACAGAAACACGCCAAAAGAAAUCCAAAGCCAUUUAGAUGAUUUUCUUUUAUCCUUUGCCUUUAUAUUUUUUUGUAUAGGGUUAUGAUCCACUCAUCUGAAAGUUUGGGGGUAAGAAUGUGAGAAUAUAAGUUUUCAGGGUUGUUGAGUUCUAUAUAAUUAUAUUUGUUUCUUUUUAUUGUCAAAUAUAAUUAUAUUUUUGUAUUUGUAAAUUGCUUAUAUAUAUUCCCACAUCACAGUUUGCGGCUAUGGAAAAGGCAAAAACUUGAAAUUCAACAUGGUAUCAUAAUUCAA